GACAAAGAAGACAUUACCUCAAGUCUGCAGCAGAGUGUACAUCCAGAGCAGUUGUCGCCCUUGAUCUGUGUCAAACUAAUAUCAGAUCUGUGAGACAAGCACAGCAAAUUCAAGGGAUUUGUUAAAGUUUUUAAAAAACCGAUUCUUCAUUUUAAAUUAAAACUUUACAUGUCUUCAUCUUGAUGACUUAGAGAUCAAGUUCGAGUCUUGGUCCUUUUCUUCCAUUUCAGCAACAUUGCCAUGCUAUGCUGUUUGGAACACUUUUCCAGACUUCAAAAGGGUUGGCUAUUCUGAGAUAAGCUACAGAUCAAGUUUCAGUUUUGGGGAAAUUUUUCUCAGCAAAAUUGUUGCUGUUCUUUUUGGUGUUGUUGACUUUGACAUAACUACUAUUCUGAUGGCUCAAACCAGAAAGGACAUGUAAUUUACUUUAAUUUGCUUAAAUUGCAAUACUUUAUGAAUGCUUGGGAAAGACAUACUCCAUCAUUAUAUGACAGUUCGGGAAGUUAGACUUUCAGCUCCUGCAGAAGAUAAACAGUAAUGUUCAUGUAUUUAUUUCUUUAUUGGAGGGGUGUUUUACACCGUAUUCAAGAAUAUUUCACUUACACGAGGAAAGCCAGCAUUAUGGAAACUAAGCAGAAUCAGGGCUAAACCCCCGACUGUGCGCAGCUUGUGAUGUUCAUGUAAGUCAUCUGACAUUGUUUCUAUUAUAUGCAGAUUAGAGAAGAAAUUUUUAAAGUUCUGGAAAGAUUGCUCGGUGACAUUGAAACUUCAAGAGAGCUCCCCAAGAAAAAACACAUGCCAGCUCAGCCUCAGCAACACUAGUGGCCCUGCUGUCCCUGAUAGAAGAGUGCAGUGAAGGAUUUGUGAUUUAGCGUUGUCCUGCAUAAGACUGCUUCCUAGUCGGAACUGUCCUCCUAUUGCAGAAGAGCUCCUUUUCCCACGUUUUUAUUUCGGGAACCUCCGGUAAACACAGAAACCAUACUCCGCGCUAGGUUUCCGAAAAUUACCACGAUUUACUUUUACCCCUUUUCGGUAGCAUUGUGUGCGAGUCUAUCGGGAAACAGGAUUUGUUUGAGUUGUUAUCACAUUAGGAGUUCGCAGAACACCGACACUGGCUUUAUAAACAAAACAUUUUAUGAUUUCCUGUAUACAGUUUUGCCCAGACGUGAUGUAUGUGUCACCAGCGACAGAUAAGAUUAUUGUUUUGCCUUUCUCCAGCAAAAAUCAUGUGAUCAAUUGGUAGACACGUGGAAAUUUCGAGUCCAGUGAUUGUAAGUGGCUUGUAUCUACGUGGGGAUAAAACCAAUCUGUAUGACUAAAAUUCUAUCUGAGGGGACUCAGUAUUAAGUAAAUUACGUAUUCAUGUUUACAAAAUAUGCAUGGGUGUAAGUUGAAAGUCUUUCAAAUUAUGCCAGAAUCAACAACAAAUGUUUAGCUGCAGCAGUGCAAACACGUGUGUAGGUGUCACUUUGAUCACAAUUUCUUCUCGUCUGCUGGUAGGCCUAGUUUUCAAGUAUGAAUUUGCGGUAUGCUAAAUUCUCCUACAGAUUUGUAUACGCAGAGCCCUGCAGUUUGAAAACAGAUAUCUCGACUUGCGUAUAGGUUCUGGGUAGUCACGCUUAAUCUGCACCCAGUUUUCUCCAAAAUUGCCAUAUUUCACGAAAUAACGAUAAUAAAACAAUUAACAUGUUGCGAAGUGUACAUACUAAAAUUGUUAUGAUUAAAACUGAGGAAAACACGAACUGUUGGUGGUACGAGCUCAGCGAGCUUGUUUAUUACAUUCUUGAACUGUUAGUACAAUCCCCUGACCACCCCCAGUGAUGCUGAUAGAUUUACGAGCGGCUAAUUAAGAACAAUGACCCUUUUCCUUUUGAUCUGUUAGCUGAAGUAUGACAGCUGAAGAUGUCUCAGGGGAGCGAGUAAAGGAGAUAUGUGAGGAGAUAUUGUUUGACAGCUCUAGUCCGGGUAAGCUAUGUAAGCUUGAGGAUUGUUUUCAUGUCUUCUCAUAGUUGUGGAAGACAUGCAGUAUUGAGUUUGUGCUGUCUGGUGUCCACAGUAACGCUUGUCCACACGAUACCUCCAGAACUAAUAGGUUAUCACCAAAUUUAUAUAGAAGCUUCAUGACUAUGACCUUAAAAGAAAAGACAACUCUAGACCAAAUGUAUAUACAGUAAACUCUCAACAUCGACACCUUCAUUAACCGACAUCUUGUCAAAACCGACAACAUUUCGUGGUCCGUUUUCUGCUCCAUUUAACAGUAAUGUUAAUUGCCUUCAGUAAACGGACUCUGGUCUCUUCUGAACACCAACAGUGGUUUGUAGUGCAGACAUUUCCAGCGAGUGUUAAUCUGUCUUGUCUAAUCCGACGCAGCCUGUCGCACAACGUCCGACGGAGUCCGAGUUUGGCAUCAACUGGCCUGCUCCGCAUUGACUGAAGAUCAGUGGGAAGGGAGAUAAUCUGCUUAUGUGAACUCUUACCUAGCAGUUGGUGAUCUCCUGUGUGGAUACUGUACCAUGCCUCCUGCGGAGGUCAGAGUUUAGUCACUCUGUAAUUGAAAGAUGAGUCUGACACAGAGUAGCUCAAUGACUGAAUAAAACUGCCUCAAACAACAGUUGCCGUCACAAACUUCCCUGCUAUUGCCCUGACAACAUCCGACCAUGUCCAGUAGACCAGCAAAGCCUUGCCGUGUGGAAAUGAACUUGAGUGAUAAAAAGAUUUUUUGUGAAGUUUCUGUCAGGAGUGGUGGAGACUGGAGGUUCUGAUUAGUUGUGGAUUGGUCAAGAGACGAUCAGUGAAGAAAAAGCCUGUCUAUCAACUCCUGUCAGCUGAAGAAACACUGACUUGUCAAAUAAGAGAUUUGUCCGGCAGUCAUUCUAACAAGAAAACCAUUGGGGCCAUGUCAGCUUCAGCGCCUGAUGUCCUAUAUACAAAUGAUAAUGAUACCCAUGACCACGGGCUGAUUCUCUUGGUGGACCAGCGUGAGUCAGGAGGGGAUGUGGUGGGGCUAGGACAGUUGUGUAAAAUGUUUGAAGAUGUCGGAAUUAAGUACCGAACUGAAAUUUUAGACUGUGGAGAUUACCAGUGGAAGUGGAGAUGUGAUCAAGAGGAAAUAACUCUUCCUGUUGUUAUUGAAAGAAAGCGGGCUGAUGACCUGGCUGCAAGCCUAAAGGAUGGCCGCUUCUGGAAGCAGAUCAACAACAUGCUGAAGUGGCAGGAGAGGGCCAGAAAACAGGCCCUAGUGGGGCCACUGCAUUACAUCAUAGAGGGGGAACUGGAAAAAUAUGUGGUACAGUGUGAGGAUGGCUGUCAGGGGGUGGGUAGGUGUGGUCACCCACCUCUCUCUGCAGUACAGGCAGCUGUGAAGGAUUUGGAGUGUCACCCAUCCCUGUGUGUCCAUAAGACUGACUCGCUGCUCAACACUGUUAAUCUGCUAGCAAUAUUCUCAGCGGAUAUAGGGAAGAGGAUCUUUGAUGGAGAAUUUGAUAGGCUAAGAAGAGCCUGUUGUACAGAGAUGAAUGGCAACUCAAGUAAUAUGACUCACUCUGGUCUGUCUGGAGACACUUAUAUCAAACCUGGAACAGUGUGCAAAAAUGAUGAUGCUGAUGACACAACUGUGGGUAAUUACUGUAACAAUUCUGAAAGUACUACCAUUAAAGAUCUGCCAUCAUGUAACACUGGUAAUGAUGAUGAUGAUGAUGGUGUGAUACUAAUAUCUUAUGAAAUACCAGACACAAAGCAUGUUCAGCACAACUCAACAGGCUAUAGUAACAACAACAACAACAGCAACCCUUGCUCGUCGCCACUAGUGGAGGUCAAGCCUAUCUGUGGACAGACACACAAGCUAUCUGUCAGCACAGAUGUCUACACUAGUCAUGGUGCAGGUAGCCUGUCUUCUGUGAAACGUAAACUGGAAGACUCCUGGAGCAUUUCCCCAUCAAAGAGCACGCCAGGGGGAAAGGUUUACCUCAUGAAGACGGGUUACAAGCAAAAAAGCGGUAGUGAUUAGCCCGUGGACAACCC